AUGCUUAGACGCCCCCUCGGAGGCACAAAUGUUGUAACUGAAGUCCCCGACGCCGAAGCGGCGCUGCAGGCGGUGGAGGCCCCACCGGACUCGAACCAGACGGCUUUGUCGCACUUUGUCGGUGAUCCGUUGCCGCUGAAAAAGGACCAUCCGGAAGAGCCCGGCACGCUGGCGGAAGUGUCGACGCCCCUAACGGCGACCCCUACUGCCACAGGAGUAGACUCGGCCGCACCGAAUGAGACAGCGGCUAUGUACACAGCGGCGAAAAACUCAGCACCUGCGAGCUCGGGGACCUUGGUGUUGCAUGGUGGGCCGUUGCACUGCGAGACUCGCGAGACCCAAGAGGGAGUGACGGAACAGGUGUGGUCGGACGGUACGCUGCACUGGGGCCAACGUGCAGGCGACGAGUGGGUCGAGAAGUGGCAGACGCAGGAGGGCACGGUUGUACGCUUCGGCACCAAACGCGGCCAGGACACGAAGGCCGGCCGCGAGUGGCAGGAGCGCUGGGAGGAACAUGACGGUACGCUACGCGUGGAGAAACGUGUGACGCAACACGCCCGGCACGGCCCAAAGACCACCGCCGAGAGCGGAACCAGAAUCGAGACCGGGACUACGACCAAGACUACAACCGAAACCGUGACUGGAAUCGCGACGGAGACUACCACCGGAACUGCGGUCCAUAGUGGGGAGGAUGAGGAACGAUGGGUCGAGCGGCUGGAGAUGCGUGCGGGCGAGGUGGUGACGUCGCGCGUGGGCGAGGAUCGUGUGCGCGGACGUCUGUGGCGCACGUUUGAGCGCUACCGCGUAGUGGACGGGCGCCGCGAACUGGUGGAGGCUGACUCGGAGCAGAAGUGGAACGAUGGCGAUACGGUCCGCGAAGUGACGACGUUGCAGCCCGGCGGACGCGUGUUGCGAACGGAGGCGCGCUACCUGCGUGAUGGCGAACAGUGGGAGGAGGUUCGUUAUGAAGACCCCGUCACCGGCAGCCGCUGGGGCUCCAAAAAGGGUGGGCCGGCUUCUGCAAAGAAGGAUGCCACGACGACUCGGGAGGACCCGACGACUCGGGAGGACCCGACGACUCGGGAGGACCCGACGACUCGGAAGGACCCGACGACUCGGGAGGACCCGACGACUCGGGAGGACCCGAUGACUCGGAAGGACCCGACGACUCGGGAGGACCCGACGACUCGGAAGGAACCGACGACUCAGGACCCGACGACUCGGGAGGACCCUACAACCCUGGAGGACGGCGCCUCGGCGGUCCCCGACGAGGCGAAGUGGGAAGAGGAAUGGAGUCACAAUUCGCGGACGGGAGCGUAUUCGCGGCGGCGACGAACGGUGGACGUGCGGUCCAAGUCCUCGCGCGGGAGCGUGGAGAGUUAUGAUCCGGGUUCGGGUGAAAGCUAUCGCGAGGAAUGGGGACAUGAGUUGCGGGGUGGCGCGGAGCGCGAGUGGAGUGCGAAGUGGCGUCGACGAGACGGGGGGUUGGCGUGGGGGGAUGUGAGGGAUCGUGUGCAAACAUUUGUGAGUGAUGAGUUGCAGUGUGAGGUGGUGAAGGGCGAGAAGUGGAGUGAGCAACCGGACGGCGGUUGUCACCGUGAGAAGUGGACGCACACUACACACUACCAGCAAGGCCUCUGCAUCGAGACUGAGAAGUACGGACACAACGACUUCGGUUCGGACGCCACUGAAGACUGGUUUGAACGUUGGGAUGGUGCUGGACGGAUGUUGGAACACCGUCUGGAAAAGAACAACCCUGCCAGACACACAGUAGAUGAACGCACCCGGGUUGUAGAUGGCGGCACGGAAAAUGACGGUGGAGUAGACGGUUUGGAUCCAGGCGUGGGAUCUAGCAAAGUUUGGGUGGAGCACCACCGAGUGUUCGACAAGACGAUUAAUGAAGUGGAUGAGUGGCACGUGAAUGCAGCUGGUGAGCGGUGGGGCUUGAAGAGUGGGCGGAAUGCGGAAGGAGUGAGUUGGCGUGAGCAAUGGGGGCACUCCGGAGACGAGGAAUGGUUGGAGAAGGCGUGGAAAAAGGAGACGGCAGAGGAGUCCCGGGAGUGGGGCGAAUUGUGGGGCAGCCGUGGGUCAGAGCAAUGGCGUGAAACUUGGGGUAAAGAGGCGGGACGGUCAUGGCGCGAAAGGAACGAGACGGAUGCGGGUGGGAAUCUGAUAACAAAGAAGGACGGUGAGAGAUGGGAAGAUGGGCGACUAGUGGACCGCUACUCCGACCACUACGGUGUGACCGCCGAAGGCGAGACCUGGGCAUACAAGACCGGUUUCAACGAGACCCACGGCAACUGGCUUGAGAAGUGGAAUGAAACUAAAGAACGAAAAACCGCUUGCAAACGAGGAGACAACUUAGCCGGGGACUCCUGGCUUGAAGAAUGGCAAGAAACUUAUGACCGCACAGGCAACCGCACACAUGUCUGGGCACACAAGCAAGGUGCCAACGCACAAGGCGAAGACUGGCUAGAAGAAUGGACCGAAGGACCCGACUUCAAGCACGCUAUCAAAACAGGCCGACACGACCAAGAUUCCUGGCGCGAAGAAUGGGGAGAAGAGCCAGACUCAUCCAAAUGGUGCCGCAAAUGGGCAGCACACGGAACCGACCAUUGGGGACAGGCAUGGGGAAACGGACCAAACGACAAAUCCUGGGGACAGGAAUGGAAAGGCGACACCCUCACCAACCAGUGGUAA